UGGGUGCUGUUGGAGCAGGAGGCGGGAGCUGAGCGAGGGGCGAGGCCUGGAGGAACCUGAGGAGGCUGUGGUGUUGAAGGCGACGGCAGCGGCGGCGGCGGUGACGGCAAAGGCGACUGCUUCACUGCGGGUGUGAAAAGUGGAUCAGGUGACUCAUAUGCUAAAGGAUGGCACGGUCAAGAUCCAGAUCCCCCAGGUGGAAACAAAGGUCAUUAUCACCACAAUCUAGGAAUUAUGAAUACUAUGAGGAAAGACAUUUCCAUGGGCACUAUGACCCUGAAUAUAGAGAUGAUCCAAAAAGACCCUUUACUUGGAGACUGGACGAUGAGAAACAUGGGCAGAAUAAACUAAGAAUUUCCCCUCGUGUGAAUCCGUAUUAUCGGUCUUAUGAAAAUAGAUCACCUUCCCCAAAUGUAAAGUCUGUAGAAAAAUUUGACACAUAUAAUUCUCACCAAGAAUAUUUCCCUGGAAGAGGGGAUGAUGACAGAAGAUCUCAAUAUAUGCCCACAUACUCAGAAAGUGCAACAAACUAUACAGAGCAUGAAAGGGAUUGUUAUUCCCCCAAAAUGCAAGGAAGGUUUAUUCCUGAGGAGCGCAGAGUUAGAGGAAGUGGGAGAGGAGGGAAGCCACCGCAGAUGUCACUGGAAGAUUCCUUUGGAUUUGAAGAGACAUGGCAUGAAGAUGAAUUGAGACACCAGAGGGUCCAAGAAGAAAACUAUCCUCAGUCACCCAGAAGAGGCUCAGAAGACUUUGAUGCAAGGAACCCUUUUCAGAAAAGGUAUCCUGAGGAUCAUGAUUUCAGAAAGUAUGACUACACACCAAAAAGACCUACAGAUGCAGCAAGGUAUGAAAAUAGAGAGCCAGCCAGAAUCCCAAAGUGGAAGCCUGAGCAUUCUUUUGUACCUUUUCAAGAGAAGAAUGAAGAGUGGAGCUACGGAUCACAAAGCCAUAGGUACACUGAGAGAGAAUACCCAGAGCUAAUUUCAGCAACCAGAGUAUCUUAUGACUACCGUCACAAACAUCAUAAGCUUUCAGAUAGUGAACAGGACUUUCCCGAUGAGAGAUUUCAGAAGUACUUGAAGGAAGAAGACAGAAAAUACAGUUCUCUAAAAGUUUCUGGAAAUAGAGAGUCAGAUUGUUUCAGUACUACAAGAGGAAGAGAGAAUGAAAAUGAUCAGGUCAAUGGGCCCUUUCAACUAUACAAGAAAGACUGUAUUUCUUAUACUAAUAGAAAUAUAAAGGAAGCUGAUUUGGGGCCUUGCAGUGACAAAUGGAAGAAAAAAGGAAAUAAAGAAGAUUGCAGAAAAGAGAGUGCCUCUUCUAGUAAACAACUUGAUGCAAGCCCAGAGCAUGAAGAGAAACGAUAUUCAUUUGUCAAGAAGAAAUCACUUACUGUUCAAGUAGACGUGAACAAGAUGAACACAUUUAGGUCCACUUCUAGAUAUUCUGCAGAGAGGCAGCUAUCACAUGAUUUGGUUGCUGUUGGCAGAAAAACUGACAAUUUUCAUCCAGUAUUUCAACAUCUCAACUCACCUCAGAAUCCAGAAGACAAACCUACAGAAGAAUUUGCUCAGGAAAUCAUAACACUAAUCCAUGAAGUUAAAGAAAGUUGUUUUGCAGCAUCUAAUGUUACUUUACAUGAGCGUUUCUCAAGAAUACAAAACAGACAUGAUGCAGAUUUCAAUCAAAUGAAAUUGAAUUCAGAUCCAGAAUUUCACAGGAGAAUAGAUAUGUCUUUGUCCGAUCUUCAGAAUAAGCAGACUAUGGUAUAUGAACCAGAUAAGACUCUGGUCAAAGUAAUAGAUCCAAAUGACCUGCGACAUGACAUUGAAAGAAGGAGAAAAGAGCGGUUACAGAAUGAAGACGAGAACAUUUUUCAUAUGACUAAUCCUACAGAGAGGAAUCAUCAGUGUCCCAGUUUUUCAAAGGUGAAGACAAUUUGUGCUGAUGGAUUUCAAAAACCUUCACAUUUUAUAAAAUCAAAUUUUAGAAAAUUUAUUCAGAAACCUUACAUAAACUAUACUAUGCAGAGAAAAGAUGCCAUUACUCAGAAGAUAUUUAGAGUUGAGGAAAAUCGUCAAAACAGAAGAGGCUUUAAAAGGUCUUUCAAGAACUUUAUGGGUGGCAGAUUCCAGCCCCAUUUUAAGUCACAUCUGGUACGGAAGAGCUUGUACAUUCAGGCUAAAUACCAGCGUUUACGGUUUGCUGGACCAAGGGGAUUUAUUACCAAUAAAUUCAGAAACAGAUUUCUGAGGAGAAAAAAGUUUUAAUGUAAGAGCCUAGUUAAAAGGAAUACACAAUAUUGCCACAAGAAACCAACUUGGAAUUGUUGCAGUGGAACUGGCGCUACAUGAGGACUUAACUGAGCAU